GUUUAUUUAUUGUUUUAAUUUAGAUUUAUACAUUAUACAGUACAGUACAGUACAGUACAAUAUAAAUUAUAAUUGAGCAUUCAUUGUGAUUGUAAUUAAAAUUUUUCUGUAUAAUUAACAAAUUAAUGGCAAAGUCAUCAAACAAAACUUCACUAUUAUUAAAUGAAACCGAAAAUCAAUCAAUUUUAUCAUUGCUUAAAAAGGGUGAAACCUCCCUAUCGAUGGGUGUCAUUCAACUGUUAGUGAGUUCGCCUCCCAAUCAUAAUAAAUGGAAAUCUUUGGCCAAUGGAGUCAUAUGUUUCAUAAAGAGUAACCAAAAGAGAUCAUAUUAUUUCCGUUUAUAUAAUUUUGAUGAAAAAAGUAUUAUUUGGGAACAAGAGAUAUACUUGAAUAUCAAAUAUGUUUGUUUGAGAUCUUAUUUUCAUAGUUUUGAAGGACACGAUUGUAUGGUUGGUCUUAAUUUUGUCGAUGAAAUCGAUGCCUUAAGCUUUAAUAAUGUGGUUCAACAAAAAAUUAUUAUUUUGCAUAAAAUGUUUGCAUCAAAACAAAUAUCUGACAAUAAUUUACAUAAAAGAAAUUCAUUGACUGAUAAAAGCAAUAAUCUAUUGAAAGUUGUGUCUAAUUUGGCAAAUAAUACUUCAAAGUCAAUGGAAUCGCUGAGGGAUUCAAGAAAAAGUUCAUUUAAUUUUCCAUCUCUAAGAAGAUCUAAACGAAAAAUACAGACAAUUGAUAAAUUGGAGAUUUCUUUGCCGACAAAUUUUAAACACAUUCAACAUAUUGGAUGGAGUCCUACCACUGGCUUUGAUUUCAAUGUAAUUGAUCCCAAAUUGGAUAACUUCUUCAGAAUGGCCGGAGUGUCAGUACAACAACUUACAGAUGUAAAUACAAGAAAAUUCAUUUUUGAUUUUAUUGACACUCACGGAGGUAUUCAAGCGGCCGUUCAGGAUAUGUCACAAAUUAAUGAAAUAACUUCAAACAAAUCUAAUAAUAACAAUGAAAUAAAUAAAUUUACUAAAUCUGAUGAUAGUGUGAAUAAAGCGUGUAAUGAAAAAACUAGUAUUAAAUCUUUGGACUCUUCAAUAGAAGUUAAUUUGUGUUCACUUCCACCUCCACCUCCACCACCCCCUCCACCGCCUCCUCUUUCAACUGAAUCAAUACCAGAUGAGUCUAAAAGUAAAACAACAAAUGAUUCAAAUAAACACCAAAAUCAAAGUAAUUGCAACAGAAAUGCACUUAUGGACCAAAUCCGCGGAGGAAUUAAUUUAAAAACAAUCAAAGAUGUAAAACGAGAUAAUGAAUUGCAAAAUACUUCUAAUACUUGUAAUCCGUUAGCAAACGCUUUAUCACAAGCUCUUCAAAACAGGUUUAGAGUCAACCAAAUGACUGAUUAUAUGUCUGAUAGUUCUGAAGAAAGUCCCGAAGAUAUUGAAUUCAAUGAAUGGAUUGAUUAAAACACAAUUGAU